UCUGAAAAAUAGUUUUAAGAUUUUUGAGAAUAAAUUUUAAUUUUUUUUUUCAAUAAUCUACUGCAUUGUUCUAUUGUAUUCAACAGUUUGUCUAAUAUCGAGUACGACAGUGCGAAACAUUGAAAAAGAAUUGACUGAAAACUGAAAGAACGAAAAAAGGUUGAAUGCAUUUUUAUUCCAAAAUGGAGGGGGCAAUUGAUGCAAUGCGCGCUGCGCUUGUUGCGCUAUGCGCAUUAAAAGCGGCGUGUCCAAAGUUGAAAGCUAAAAGCUGCUGGUGAAGCCAGAGGCAGGCAAGAACACCCUUGAGUAGUUCAUUUUCCAAUAGUGAACGAACCACCGUGGUAUCAAAGACACCCCAGCUGUCAGUUAAAGUGAAUCUUUUUAUCCUAAUAUUAAAAUUUACAAAGAAAAAAAAACCGAUUGAAUAACAUAUUUCGUCACGUCAGUUUCUUUCUAAUGAAAAAUUCGCGAGUGUUUCAACAUUUCUAAGGUGACAAAAGAUAUGUGCUUAAGGAUUAUCUAGAGAUUUUGCUUUCAUAAUAUAUAGGAUUACCUCACGAGAUAUUUGCUGUCAAAAUGGACAAAUUUCACAGCUAAAGAAGGAUGUUUGUAUCAGAUGCAUCGAAGUAACGUCAAAACAUUAAGACGAAGAACCGAGGAAUCCUAGUGGAGACAACGCCGAGUUUGAUUUGACAAUAGAAAAUGAAGACGAUUUAUAUACACUUGUUCUGUAAAAUAAGCAAAGUGUAGAUACGGAAUAAGGAUAAAAGAAGCUCUUCGGAAACCCGGACACAAAAAUGGGGAAGUGUUGCAGCAAGAGACAGGAUGCACAACCGAUCGGGUACAAAAAAACUGAAAUUGGAAUCAGUUCAAAGUACAGCAAUGGAGGUUCGCUGGACAGAUAUACGCCCAAUCCGAAUCAAGUGGGUGCUCAGGCUCGGGUGGAUAUUAUUCGACCAAGACCCACCCCGUGUAAGGUUUCAAAUUCAAAAACAGAUGUGAUGCAAAUUUGUGACUCGUCGCCUGUCUCUGUUACUGCAUCUCACUCGCAAAGGGCCAAUCGGAUCGUGGUUGCCCUGUACAAAUAUGCGGCAAGACAAAGCACCGACGUGAGCUUUGAAAAGGGGGAUCGGAUGGAGGUGUUGGAUGACACGGAACGAGAUUGGUGGAAGGUAUUGCACCUGACCACUCAGCAGGAAGGUCUGAUACCGUGGAACUUUGUCGCGGUCGAACGAUCUGUGGAAAGUGAAGACUGGUUCUUCGAUGACGUAUCGAGAAAGGAGGCUGGCAAACUUCUUCUAGUCGACGAAAAUCCUCGGGGUACGUUCUUGGUUCGACCCAGCGAACACACUCCUAGGGGAUACAGCCUCUCCGUAAAGGACUGGGAAGAAGGACGAGGACAUCACGUUAAACAUUACAAGAUCAAACCCCUCGAUAACGGUGGCUUUUACAUAGCAACUAAUCAAACGUUUUCUACGCUACCUGCGCUGGUGAUGGCGUACAGCAAAAACGCUCUGGGAUUGUGUCACGUCCUAGCCAAACCCUGUCCAAAACCGCAGCCGGAAAUGUGGGAUCUCGGGCCAGAACUUAGGGACAAAUGGGAAAUGAAUAGAAAUCAAAUACAGCUGAUAAGAAAAUUGGGACACGGUAAUUUCGGGGAAGUUUGGUACGGCAAAUGGAAGAACCAGAUAGAAGUAGCGGUGAAGACUUUAAAACCUGGAACAAUGUCGUCGAAAGCAUUUCUGCAAGAAGCUGCUAUAAUGAAACAAUUCCGACACAGACAUUUGGUAGCGUUGUACGCGGUAUGCUCUAAGGAGGAACCGAUUUACAUAGUACAGGAAUAUAUGUGCAACGGUAGCUUACUUGACUUUUUGAGAACCGGUGACGGAAAAUACAUGCACUUCGAGGACCUCAUCUACAUAGCAGCCCAGGUAGCCUCUGGCAUGGAGCAUCUAGAGGGCAAACAAUUAAUUCACAGAGAUCUUGCAGCCAGAAAUGUUCUCAUCGGAGAAAAAAAUAAAGCAAAAAUAUGCGAUUUCGGACUUGCCAGAGUCAUAGAAAAUGACGAAUACUGUCCAAAACAAGGGAAUAAAUUCCCGCUAAAGUGGACCGCUCCAGAAGCCAUUGUUUACGCAAGAUUCAGCAUAAAGAGUGACGUUUGGUCCUUCGGAAUUUUGUUAAUGGAACUUUUCACCUACGGUCAAGUUCCAUAUCCGGGUAUGCAUGGUCGGGAGGUGAUCGAACAAGUGGAGAAGGGCUACCGAAUGCCGAAGCCGGUAAAUCACUACCUUCCCGAUGGGGUGUAUCGAUUAAUGCUACAAUGCUGGGAUGGAAGUCCCGAAAAGCGGCCAACUUUUGAAUAUUUAAAUCAUUAUUUUGAAUCAUUCAACGUUACCAGUGAAAUACCAUAUUUGGAACCACCAACGGACUGAUACGCGGCCCAUAUGCAAAACCACGUAAUGCCAAGGGGACAUUACCAUGCAGCGCAUGUCAAUUGCGCUAUGGAAUUUUAUGGCAUUUAUUGUUAAAAAUGUCUUUCUGUUGAUCCGUUCGUUCAAAAAUUGAGACAAACAGGAAACGGUUCAUCGUUCACGCAAUAAUAACGAUUAAGACAUGAAAAAUUGGAAUCAUUGUGUGCCAUGAGUUUUCGAUCUGUUUGCCGCCGACAGCUUACCUGAUAAUGAUGGGGAAGCCGCAGCAACAAAGAAAAAUUAAACAAAGAAAAUUAAUACAAUGGUAUUUUAUCAAAUGGAACGUGAGUAUAAAAUAUGAAAUAUAUGUCCAAUUUUCAUCUUUCUAAAGUAUUUAUUUGACACGAGACAUUAGAAUAAAACUUGACCACUAAUAGUUGGUACGUAGGGACAUGUUCGCAAACAGAAAUAAAAAAAAAAAACAGUCAAA